AUGCUGCACUUGCACCACCUCCAGUCCGCUUUGCUCCGUAGGUCUGCAGCCUUGCGAUCGCUGUCCACGUCGCCUCGCCUCUUCCGCAAGAUCCUCGUGGCCAACCGCGGAGAGAUCGCGCUGCGCAUUUUGCGCUCGGCGCAUAAGCUCAACAUUGAGACGGUAGCGGUCUAUAGCGACGCAGACGUCAAUGCACAGCAUGUGAAGCUGGCGACAGAGUCGUACCGUUUGGGUCCUGCGGCUGCCAGUGCGAGCUACUUGAACUACCCCAAGAUCCUCGAGAUCUGCCGCCGGUCCGGAGCUGAAGCGGUUCAUCCGGGCUAUGGCUUUUUGUCUGAGAACGCGGCAUUCGCUCGUGCCUGUCAAGAGGCUGGAGUCGAGUUUAUCGGUCCUCCGGUCAAAUCUAUUGAGGACAUGGGCUCUAAGAGCGCGUCCAAGGAUAUUAUGAUCCAGGCUGGUGUCCCUGUGACUCCUGGGUACCAUGGAGAAGACCAGAGCUUUGACACGUUGCGGAAAGAAGCCAGGAAGAUUGGAUACCCGGUGCUUAUCAAGGCAGUGCUGGGGGGUGGAGGUAAAGGCAUGAGAAUUGUCGAUGAGGACAACGAUCUGCAAGAAGCGCUAGACGCCUGCGUAAGGGAGGGACAGGCCUCUUUUGGAGACGGACGAGUGCUGAUCGAGAAGUAUCUGAGAAAGCCUCGACAUGUGGAGCUCCAGAUAUUUGGAGACAAGCAUGGUAACGUCAUUCAUCUGUUUGAGAGAGACUGCAGUGUUCAGCGCCGGCAUCAGAAAGUUUUGGAAGAAGCUCCUGCUCCUAACAUAUCGGAGGCAUUACGCAAAAAAAUGGGUGACGCGGCUGUAGCUGCAGCAAAAGCUGUUGGCUAUUUUGGUGCUGGCACGGUGGAGUUUCUUCUGGAUGAAGAUGAGUCGUUCUACUUCAUGGAGAUGAAUACGCGCCUGCAAGUGGAGCAUCCUGUCACGGAAAUGAUCACUAAGCAAGAUCUGGUUGAGCUCCAGCUAAAAGUUGCAGCAGGCCAAGAGCUCCCAAUCCGCCAGGAGGAUCUUAAAAUCCAUGGGCAUGCUCUUGAGGCGCGCAUCUACGCCGAAAACCCAUACAACGACUUUCUUCCUGGAAGUGGCAUGGUGACGCACCUUCGCUUGCCUUGCACGUCUGACGACAUACGUGUAGAUACUGGCAUCGUGGAGGGUGACGAAGUGUCGAUUUAUUAUGACCCUAUGAUUGCCAAGCUGAUAGUUCAUGGUGAUAGCCGCCAAGCUGCACUCGACACGAUGGUCAAAGCACUGCACGAGUACCAGAUCGUGGGACUUCCAACAAAUAUUGAAUUUGUGGCUCGGACUGUAGAUCACUCAGCGUUUCGAAAAGGCGGUGUUGAUACAAGUUUUCUUAACAAGUUUGGCGACGAGGUCCUCGGACCGUUAGGAAGGUACCCCCCUUACGCCAACGCUCUAGGGGCGGUAAGUUUGCUUCUGCUUGAGCAGCGGAAAUGUCAUGUUGCUGGAACCCGUGAAGACGAACUACAUUCUUCAUGGUCGAACGAUUCGCUUGCGUACUUUCGCUCAUUGGAAACGCUGGAACGGAAUUUUCGGCUACGCUACAACGACAACGAAGCUUCGGUGACUGUCAAGUGUCGAUCGAAUAACGCUUUCGAGGUCCUACUGGACGGUGAAAUGGAUCAAAGGGGCCUCUCAGUUAGGGGCACGAUCGACGAGAACGGAGAUUUUGAAAUUCGAGUGGACGAUCGCACGUUCAGGGGCACCGCUGUAGUUCAUCGUCGGGACCUGCACCUCUUUUGCGACGAUAACACGCAGCGCUACGACUACAAAUUCCACGUUCCGUUGUUGUCAUUGGAACCAGCAAACGACAGCUCGGCCGUUGCCGCGCACCGCAAAGUUCUGGCGUCGAUGCCAGGCAAAAUCAUCAAGGUGUUCGUGAAAAAUGGCGACAAGGUAACAGCCGAUCAGCCACUUGUGAUCAUGGAGGCCAUGAAGAUGGAGCACAUGAUCCGUGCGCCAAAAGAAGGCAUGGUGCGGAAACUGUGUUGCGAGAACGAUGAUUUUGUGACAGAUGGUCACGUUCUCAUCGAGCUAGACUAG